GUGAGAUCCCAGUGUUCUCUGCUAUUCAACCGAUGAACAAUGCUCUCUCAACGCAAAUUCUAUCUUCUCUUCUCUUCGCGUAGAUUUAAUCUCGUUUGUUAGCUUCCGGAUUAUCAAUUGGAGGAUGCAGUGAGAGUUCGGCCUCUUUAAUUUCCCCGCAACCUGAGGAAAGCCCAGAUGGAGAACGCGUCUCGGUUUCGAAGUAAAGAAGGGUUUCAAGAAACAUCAACGAACGGACGCAAUGGCAAGAACCACCGACACGGGGAUGAAAACGUCGGCGAGAUUGUCAAGUGCUCCGGCGAGUACUGCCGCUCAUGCGCCGCCGCCGCGGUGGCGGACUGCGUCGCCGUCUGCUGCUGCCCCUGCGCUGUGUUGAGCUUCUUCGCUCUUGCAUUCUUCAAGGCCCCUUGGAUGGUGGGGCGGAGGUGUUUGGGGCUCGGGAAAAAGAAGGCUAAAAAGCUGGAAAAGAAGAGACAAUAUGAAACUGAAAUGGAUGGGAGUUCAAGAAAGGAAAGUGUAGAGGUGGCAACAUCGGAAAUUGUAUCGGGAGGGUUUCAAGACGAGGAGAGGGUUUGGCUGGAAUUGUACCAGCUGGGUCAUCUGGGUUUCGGCCGAGUUUCCUUCACUGGAAUUCAGUCCCAAGGUAAGGGCAAUUAAGGUAAAUCAUCAUUGAGGAAUUCAAUUAGAAUGGUACGUAUCUGAGGAAUUGAAUUGAAGAUUCAGAUCUCUUCAUCAGGCUUCUCUCUCUCUCUCUCUCUCUCUCUCUAGAUAUAUAAUAUGCCCCGGUUGUCGUGCUUUCUUCUUCUUCCAGUUUAGCUUGCAUGUAAUGGAAAAUGAGGAACAUCUCCUCAUCUCUUCCCCUAGAAAGAAAUCCCUUCUCCCCAGUUAAAGUUUCAAUCCAUCUUCAAGUUUUCUCUAGCAUUUUCUGUUUUAUUCAAAAUGUUCAUACUCCAUAGCCAGUUACGUACUCUUUUUAUCGAUUAGAACA